AAUUGUCUUUUAAAGUCAGAAGCAUACCUUAAAAUUGCGCUUUUCUCUUUUGACCCUCACCUAGCCUUUCUUCACAUGACCGCUUACGUCGCCGGCCCCCAAUUGAACAUAUAAAUUUGAUUUUGAUGAAGGAAACUUUUCUAUCUCUCACCAUUCAUUAAACAUCAUAUGAGAUUGUUAGUUUUUUUUGUGUUUCUGUUUGGCAUCCGGCUGGCUCACUGAGUAGAAUUUUCUGACUAGGGUUUGUAUUUGCCAUAUGAGAAAGAUAACAGUUGUUAAUUUAGAUAUGUGUUUGCGUUUGAUAUGGUAGAGAGAGAAAUGUAUGCAAUGAAUACACCACCAUUUCAGUCGCUGCCUUACGGAGACCUUGAAGACCCUAGUAAUAUUAGUAACAAUAACAAUCAUCAUCAUUUUCCGUCCGGACAAAACGACGCCGAGGAUGCCGGAUUGUUUGACUAUAAAGUUGAAGUUGAGGAAAAAGAAGCUCAGGUCAGGUCGGUCAACCAUGAUAACACUAACGGUACACCUGCUUCUACUGAGUUAACUCGCACCGGUGAACUCACUCUUUCCUUCGAAGGCCAGGUCUAUGUCUUCCCCGCAGUAACACCUCAGAAGGUGCAAGCACUGCUUUUAUUGCUGGGGGACUGUGAUAUUCCUCCUUCUGUUACCAACUCUGAAAGUUUUCUACAAGAAAACGUCAAGGUUGUGGGAAAUGCCUCCCAUGGGUCAAAGCUCUCACGAAGAGUAGCCUCUCUAAUGAGGUUUCGUGAAAAGCGGAAAGAAAGAUGCUUUGAGAAGAAAAUUCGGUACAGUUGUCGGAAAGAGGUUGCUGAGAGAAUGAAUCGUAAGAAUGGACAAUUUACGUCAUCAAAGAAUUCUUAUAAUGCAGAUGCUGUAAACUCAAAUCCAAGCAAUGGUGCUGCUACUGAAUCUGUUUUACGAAGAUGUCAACAUUGUGGGGUAAGUCAGCAGUUCACUCCAGCAAUGCGUAGGGGGCCAGCUGGUCCAAGAACUCUUUGCAAUGCUUGUGGCCUUAUGUGGGCAAACAAGGGAACCUUGAGAGAUCUUACCAAGGGGGGAAGGACUUGUUCUUUUGAAAAUGAGUUGGAAACUCAAAGUGAUGUUAAGCCUUCAACCGUGGAAGUGGAAAAUUCUUAUGCCAAUGAGGAUGAGCAGGGAAGUCCGGAUGAGAUGAAGCCUGUAACUGUGCAACCGGAAAAUCAUUCUUUAAAGCCAAAUGAGCAGUUGAACAAUGAGCAGUAUCUGUUGGAAAGUGAUGAUGGUAUUACAAAUCAUUUGCCCAUUGAAGUGGAGAACUCAUUGAUGAACCUUGACGAGGAGCAGGACUUGCAGGACACAAUGGACGAGCUUGCAGAUGCUUCGGGAUCAGAUUUUGAAAUCUCUUCGCAUAUCAAUGCUCAGGUUGAUCUCGACAGUUCCAAUUUGAUAACUGACUGGCCGGAGAAUUGAGAUUGCGCCAUGUGUUUGUGAUUGUGACAUUGCAUACUUGCUAAUAAGAUGAAGGUAUUUAAAUACUGUAUCUACCUAAAGAUAGCUUGUCUAGAGGCACAGAUUAGACGUAUAUAAUGUGAUUAAAUUUAAAACCCUGAAACUUUUGUCUGCAAUUUUUUGUUCCCAGUGAAUUCAAUUCAGUUAGUUGCACUA